AUGAAUUCUUCUCUUCCAGACCGACAGGCGCACCGGCGACGUCCCUUCUCAACAUGGGUCAAGAAAUUGACCAAUUUCAAGUCAUCCUCCGACGGCGACCGCCCCAAGCGACACAUGAAGAUGAAGCGCGGACCUAAGUUGAACAACCCUUAUCCUCAGUCCGGCCAUGUGAGCCAAAGCCAGCCCAACGACCCCAACGACCCGAAUGGCCUCGACGGCCCCGUCAACAGGACGAGCCACGCCGACACGAAUGGUGAUAGCUCCUACUCCUUUACUACUGCCCGAACCGGAAGUAUUACGUCGCUUGACCAGCCCGCACGAAGCUCCGUUGACGGCCUUGGCCUUGCGCCUACAACGGCCGGCACCGUCUCAACGGAAAAUGAAGCUCCACGAUCUAUUGCUCCCAGCCACGGAGGAGCUAGUUCUUUGGCUGGAACCAGUCGUACCAUUGGUGGUGGAAUAGACGGCCGAAGAGGAGGGGAUAGCACCUUUUCCAGCCCUGCUCCCUCGGUACGAUCUUUGACUACGACUCUGACCACGAUUCAAUCUGUGGCUCCCAACGGCAAUACACCGUAUGUUGCGGCGCCCCCGCAUAGCAACACGCAAUCCAUACAAUUCAGCCAGCCGUUUCCCUCCACGUCCCCGGCGUCGGCAAUUCCGUCGCAUCUGGCACCGACCAGCAACCCAACCACGUAUACUACUGCGACUGCCAAUAAUCUCUUGACCGACAAUGCCUCUAUUUUGACACUGGCCUCGUCUAGCAAGCGUCGUCGUCGCCGCUCCAUGGACACCGACGCAUCGGUGCGCGCACUGGCCCCCUCAUCACUCUGGGGAGGGAGUCGUGAGAGUCUGCCGCUUAGUGUUCUCAGUGCCAACAUUGACCAAGGGGGCAUGCCGACGACGCCUGGAGUUCCAGGGAGCAGUUCACGCCUGGGUCCAGAGCGAAACAGCAUCUACUCAUCUACGGGCGUGGCUCCAGCCAUCACCAGUGAGAGGAACAGCAUUCUUGCCAAGCAAGGCGACGGAGCGAGUGUUCGGAGCGGCCCCUUGAGUCUUGGACGGCCGGAUAGCAUUAGCGGAAGUAUUGCGGGUGUAACUAGCCCGUUGGCCAGUCCGAGGGAGGAGCCGGAGCAGCAAACCCCCAAGGACGACGGUGCGGCUACUGGACCGAAGGCAGAGUAA